CGUGUUAGUCGAAUGAAUCUAUUUUACAUAUAAUUUAAUGUUUCAUUUAUUUGUAAACCAAAACGUACGGUAUUGUCAAAAAAGAUUGUCGAGAACGCUUCGCAUGUAGGACAUUUGGGGAUUUUCCGCCUUCAACUGAGCCAUGUCUCUAAAUAGUUUAUUGCCACAACCGACGCAAGUCGUGUGGGACAGAGAGGACGAAGCUAGGGAGGCAAAACUUCGUCAGAGGCCAGUGUCUGCAUUGGUCAAGGCAGUGGUGAGUGCACCACCUUAUGGACAAAGGAAAGGAUGGGUGCCUCGAAAUGAAGAUGAUUUUGGUGAUGGAGGUGCGUUCCCGGAAAUUCACGUAGCGCAGUUUCCCCUAAACAUGGGAGCAAAAGGCAAGGAGUCAACAAGCAAUGCUCUGGCUGUGCAGCUUGACUCUCAGGGGAAAGUCAAAUAUGAUCUCAUUGCCAGGCAGGGCCACUCUAAGGAUAAAAUUGUUUAUAGCAAAUUGACAGACCUACUGCCAUCUGAAAUUUUGACCGAAGAUGAUCCAAGCUUGCAAAAGCCAUCUGAAGAAGAGGCAGAAGAUACAACAGAGAGAACCAAAAAAGCAUUGGAGAAGAUUAUUGAAUCUAAAAUAGCUGCAGCCAUGCCUGUCAGGAGGGCUGAAAAGCAAGCACCUGCACAAUAUAUCAGGUACACACCCUCUCAGCAGGGUCAGUCUUUUAAUUCUGGGGCCAAACAACGAGUUAUAAGAAUGGUAGAAGCACAAGUGGAUCCUAUGGAACCUCCUAAAUUUAAAAUCAAUAAAAAGAUUCCAAGGGGACCUCCAUCACCACCUGCACCCGUAAUGCACUCUCCAACCCGGAAAGUGACUGUUAAAGAACAAAGAGAGUGGAAAAUUCCACCUUGCAUUAGUAACUGGAAAAAUGCAAAGGGUUACACUAUCCCUUUGGAUAAACGUUUGGCUGCAGAUGGCAGGGGUCUCCAACAAGUCCAUAUCAAUGAAAACUUUGCCAAAUUGGCUGAAGCUCUUUAUAUUGCUGAUAGGAAAGCAAGAGAGGCAGUUGAAAUGAGAGCUCAAUUAGAGAAAAAAUUGGCACAAAAAGAAAAAGAGAAGAAGGAAGACCACUUAAGGCAGCUGGCUGAGAAAGCUCGUAACGAGAGGGCAGGGUUAAAAACUGCUGCCAUGCUAGACAAAAACGAAGAGAUUCGGGAAAGAGAUCAACUGAGGCAAGAGCGUCACAAGGAUCGUGCGCGUGAUCGCAACCUGGCACGGGCUGCUCCCGAUAAGAGGAAUCGUCUUCAGCGUGAAAGGGAGCGUGACAUAAGUGAACAAAUUGCUUUGGGUAUGCCUGCCAAGAAUAUUAGCACUAGUGGGGAUCAAGCGUUUGAUCAACGAUUAUUUAACACGAGCAAGGGUAUGGAUAGUGGAUAUGGCCAUGACGAUGAAUAUAAUGUUUAUGACAAACCAUGGAGGGAUACGAACUCCUUAGCUAAUCACAUCUACAGACCCAAUAAAAACUUGGAUCAAGACAAUUAUGGUGAAGAUUUGGAAAAACUCAAAAAUACAAAUAGAUUUGUUCCUGAUAAGGAAUUUAGUGGUACUGACCGAACUGGGGCAGCCCGUUCAGGACCUGUCCAAUUUGAAAAGGAAGAAGAAGAUCCCUUUGGAUUAGAUCAAUUCUUGAAACAGGCCAAAAGAGCCAGUAACACUGCAUCAGCUACUAAACGAAAAGACGAUCGUGACCCAAAGAAAGAUGACAGAAGUGACAAACGACGAAAACACAAUUAAUUUUACCUCCAUUGAUUUUUUUUUUUUUUUUUUGUAGUUAAGGUGAGAAAUUUAAUCAACCAAUAGAAUUUAUAACUAAAUACUGCAAUAUAAUUUAUCAAGCGAGAA